AUGCUUUCCACAACUGGAUUCACGAGUCGAGCCGUGAUGCCUCGGGCUCUCACCGCUGCUACCCGGACAAUGCAAGCGAGGUUCAUCGCAGUUUCAGCUGAGGCCACACCCAACCCGUCUGCUAUGAUAUUCACCUUAGAGGGCGGAAAGCCGAUUCUCGGAAAGGGCGCAAAAAGCAUGUCCUUCGAGAAGACACAGUGUGGCGGGUCUCCAUUGGCCGCCAGUUUGUUCAGGAUUCAUGGAGUUGACAAGGUGCUGUUGGCCGCUCGUCACGCUACUGUAACUAAGUCGCCCGAGACCGAGUGGGAGAUGCUGAAACCUAACGUAGAGCUGGUCAUAUCUCAGUUUUUCGACAUACCCAAUGUUAAACCAGUUGCCCCUGAUACCAUUGAGUACACCCAAGAGGGCCAGGACCAGCACAAUGACGAUGUCGUCAAAAGCAUUCAUGAGAUACUAGAGCAGAGGAUUAAGCCUUUUGUCGAGCGAGAUGGCGGUGAUGUUGAAUUCAUUGCGUUUGACUCGGACACCGGAGUCCUCCAAAUUCGGCUCGUCGGUUCAUGUGCCGGUUGCCCCAAGUCAAGUGUAACGUUGAAAUUCGGUAUCCAACGAAUGGUCUGCCAUUACAUCCCAGAAGUUAAGAAUGUUAUCAACAUUGAAGAGCCCACUGAUGGUGAAGAGGAGGAGGUUGUGAACAGCGUGGAUCCGCAAGCCAGUGCCGAGCCCAAGGCUAGCCCGAAUCCUGAAGCCAGCACUGAGCCAGAAGAUAGUGCUAAGUCGCAGCAAGCCUAA